AUGGAGCCGGAAAACACGCCAGGAAGUCACGAGCUGACCCACGGAGACCGUGGGCAGCUCGGUGGGGCCCCACUUGCCGGGGCUCUCUCGCUGGGGUCACGGGCCGACUUCUUCGUUAAACCCAGAAGCGAGCCAGGGGCCCGUGCGGCCGGGCGUGCUGGGUGCGGAACCCGCCCGAGGAUGACUGACGGGGAGCACCGUGUGCGCCGGGGUCGCCCCCGACCCCACGUGAACACCCUGGGGGUCACGGGAGUGGGCAGCAGCGGGGCCGCGGUCGCCCGGGCCCGUCGCCCUCCGCCGAGCGUCGGGGGCUCCGGGGAGGGGGGCGCGCGGGACGGGUCCGGGGGUCCCGCGCGGUGCGCGCCCGGCGUGCGGGACGGGUCCGGGGGUCCCGCGCGGUGCGCGCCCGGCGGGGCAUCCCCCGUUCCCGAAGUUCGCAGAACUCCGCCUGGCCGCGGCCGGCCCGGCCUGCGGGAAGCCCCGGGCCGCCCACCGGGCACCGGGUCCCGCCCCAACGUCCCCUCCCGGCCCGCCCGCCACUCACCGCCCGCCGCCGCCGGCCUGGCCGUGCGGGUCCGGGUCCGCCGCGCGGAGGACGCGAGCUCGGGGGGCCGGGGGUGGCGCCCCCUCCUCCCCGCCCCGCCGCAAGGGCUCCGGGGCCGGUGCUCCGGGCAGGCGGGCGGCCGGCGGGUCUCCCGCGCGCCCGCCUCGGACGGCUGCGGCCUGCCCGCUCCCGCGCCCGCCCGCCCGCCGCGGCCAGGUGCGCUCCCGCGCCCGCGCGCCGCCGCCUCCGAAGGCGCCGAGCCGCGGCCCCGCGCCCCGCUCCCCGCCCGGGCGCGCCCCGCUCCGCAGCCUCCGGCCGCCGCCGCCGCCGCUCGGUCCCGGCUCCUCCUCGGCGCUCGGCGCUCCGGGAGGCGGGGACGCGGGGCCGCGGGGCCCGGCGCGCGCCGCCCUCUCCCGGGAAGCCUCGCCGCCCGCGUCGGAGGGCGGCAAGUUGCGGCCGCGCGGCGCCUCCGGACCGCGCUGCUACCUGACAGUUCUCCGCGGCCGCGGCUCGGCCGGCCCGGCCCCGGCGGCGGCUCCCCGGUCCGCCCCUCGCCGUGGCCUCGCCGUGGCCGGGGGCGGGAGGGGGCCCGGGCCGUGAACCCGACGUGGCAGCCCCGGUGCCAUCGUCCCGCGGCCCCCGCGCGGCCUCCGAACCCCCGGCCCCGCGAUGGAGAGCGGCGCGCGCGGCGAACGGCCUUACCUUCCCGGCGCAGUCGGUCUCCAUGGGGAGGGCGGAGGGACGGGGCCCGGGCCGCGUGCCCGGCGCUGCCCGCGGGCUCGGGUCACACCUGUGGGCGGGCGCCCACCCGCAGCGGCGCCCGGCGCCCCGCGCGCGGCCUCGGCUCCCCGGCGCGGGCGCGCGGCGCUAAUCGGCCCGGAGAGCGCGGGGCCGCGCCGCCGGCCGGGGCUGGGCGGUGUGGCGCCCGCCGCCCGCCGCCCGCCGGGGGAUGGGGCUCGGUCCCGUGCCCGCCCCGCCCGCGCUCGGGGCGGCCCGGCAGCUCGCGGGGACGGAGCCGCCCUCCGCCCCUGCCGCGCGCCCGCCCGGCUCCCGCGAGCUCGCCGGCGCUCGGCGGGUGCGCGGAGGACCGCCGGGAGACUCGAGCCCCGAGCUUUCGGCCACUUGCGGGCUCCGCUCCGCACUCCGCUCCGCGGCCCGGCCGUUGGCUACCCGAGUCACAUGACGCGCGGCAGCUCCUUAAAUACCGCGCCGCGCGCCCCGCAGCCGGCGAGCCCCCAGCGCCCCGCGCCGCCCCGCGCCCCGGCCCCGCGCCCCCCCCCUUAAACGCGGGGGGGAGCGGAGCACCCGCAGCCCGCAGGGGAGGGUGGAAGUGGGCACCCUGGGCUUCCCCUCCCACAAUACCGAAUACCGACCGGGACCGGACCGGAGCGCCCUCGCUCCGUCCACGCGCACCGCCCAGCCCUCCGCUCGGCCGGUCCUGA